CCGUCAAAUCGCCGACCGUCACACCCGCCGGUGCAUUGCGAGCUCGUUUUCGGUUCGCUGGCUGCAAGGCGCUGGAUCCGGGGAGUAUGCCAGUGUCAGGAACGUAGGCCCAGCCGGGAGCCGAAGUGGUUUUAGCACUGGCGAGUUCGAUGACCCCGAAGUUGUUCAUGGUUCCUUGUGAAUCGGUCGCGUGAGCUUGGCCUCGUGAGCUGUAGGUGGAGGCCGAAGAUUCAAUAAAGGGACAUUGGAAAUCAAAUGAUAAGCUUCCAGAAAUCGGCAGUGAAAGCUAAUUGGGUCUCUACAAGUACCAUCUCGUCAUCCGCAGACGCGAUCCGAUAGAGGCUUAGCAAUAGAAAGAUCGCACGGUAGUUGAAGUCCGUGGGGCAAAAAAAGGUACGCAGCGGCGAAAAAAGCAGCUCUGGGUAGCUGUCGGGCAAUGCACCGCCGGAACAACCCGCGCCGUUCCCUGCUAAAAGCCCGUAACCCGCCAUGUCCGCAAACUGGGGGCGUCUGUGAUGAUAUUGGACCUCGAGACCUUAAUAGCCGCGGCAGAUCCCAUACUCCAAGCCCAUCAACUAGAAACCAUACUCAUUCCCUCUUUCGCCGCAAGCCUCGAAUUGCCAUUUCCCUCGCCACACGAUUCGCCAUGUUCGCCGCCGCAUCAUCAAGAAUACUCGCCAGCGGCGCUCGCCGUGUCGUGACUUCGUCGCGCGGCUUCCAUGCCUCAGCCCAGCGCCUGAACGAUGCUGCCCCACUGCCGGCGAGAAAGCCCAUGGGUGCCUUCAGAGGAGGUCUUUUCGGCUUCCUGUUUGGAAGCGUCUUGGCCGGCGGUGCUGUAUACAGCUACGUCCUGCAGGAGUACAAGGCGUCCAACGAGCUCCUUACCGAGGACAUUUACACUCUCCAAGCCUCCGUCACCCGCCUGACAAACCACGUCAAGAUCCUCGAGGAGAAGAUCCAACAGAAGAGAAAAUAAAGCCUGGAACGGACACAAAAAAAUCGAAUCAAAACAAAAUGGCGCAGAGCCAAAGGGAAGGAAAAGGCAUUGUAACUUCAUCGUCAGUAUGGCAGAAACGAAAUAGCAUAAUGGCAAUUGCUCGUCUUGUCUUUCAUAGCAAAAUAAAGCCUGUAAAUUAUACCUCUUAACAAUACGAA